UCUCUCUCUCUCUUUCUCUCUCUCUCUCUCUCUCAAAAUAAAUAAAUAAACAUUAAAAAAAGAACUAGAUUUAUCAUGGUGCCCCCACUCCCAGCAAAUCUUCACAGACCCCACUCAGGUUCUUCUCCCCUUAUCCUUACUCCACCUUCUGCCACACAUACCACUUCUGACCUCAUAAUCCCUCAACUGCAGCCUCAGGCCCCACCCCUGGGGAUGUUGGUUAUCCACAGCUGCCAGUAUCUCUCUCUGGGCUUCUUCAGCCUAUGUAAUCCAGCUACCUCUCUAGAUCCCCAACCCUAUGGGCCCACUUGCACACACACACACACACACACACACACACACACUGGACCUCUAGAAUACUCUCCUUCCAAAUGACUCAUCAGGCCUAUAUCUGAAGAGUGAGAAGGUCUUGACAUCAUGUUCAUUUUCAUCACACAUGGAGAUAAUGAGCAGUUUCUGGCCAAUAUCAAUUGCUCUGUCCUUCUGUUGAUGCAUUAUACCCGCAGAAAAAUAGGGCUGCCUAAAACAGACAUCAUCGAUUUGUGUGAUGAAACGGGGACAAUGAAGAUGUUUUUCGUGAUGAAGACCCCUGGAGACUAUGCCAGCAAAUUUCUUACAGCUCGAAGCACCUACUAUGUUUGUAAGGUGGAGCAUGGAGCACGAGGAACCCGACUAGAGAAUGCCUACAAAGCUUUUGUGCCCCUCCUGAAGAAUCCAGAACCUGAGCUACUUGAGAACUUGCGCACACAAUGUGAUGUCAUGGAGAAGAAUCGACUGAAAAUGCUUAAAAGCCAAGAAGCCAAGAAAGUUACAAUCAAAUCCACUGUGACCAUCCCAUCCAAAUCAAUGGGAAGAUCAUAUGAAGAGAGGCCCCCUCCCCCUCGCAGGGGCCUGACCUUCAAGACCAGAGCAGACGUUCUCAGUAAAAAGGAUAGACAUCACUAACUAAAUAAAGUGACCAAGUGACAGCAGUUAA